AUGGAUGGAAUUCCAUGGGACCAGGUCAAGGCCGGGGAUCUGGAUGCCUUGCAGGUCGUUCUCUUCUCGAGUUCGACCUCACGCAGGCUCCGGGCCCUGCAAGAACUCCGCGACAAGAAUGGGUCUGAAGUAUCACCAGAAACUCGUCACGGUCUACUAGAGUUACUCUUCCGUACCUAUCCUGUCUAUGUCGAUCGAUCCUCCCGGCAGGCGGUCCAACAAUGCCUCCGCUCUCUCCUCCGCGGCCCCAAUGCGACCGAAGAAACAAAAUUCCUCACGCAAAAAUUGCAAAUCGAGGCAUCUAGACCAGGUCUGGCUUCUUCGUUUGCAUUUGUUCUGUUGGAAUGGUGCUGUAUUCUGUUGCAGCAGGCUAGCGAGGACCAGAACACACCGUUGCCCACCGUGCUAGACCUGAUUGCGGUCGAUGCCAAGGCUCUGGAAAAUUGUCUUUCCCACAACCCCAAGCCUGCGGUAAAACAGUCAGCCCUCCGAGUAACAAGACGUGCUUUGCGCGCCGUAUUCACGUCUGAGGCAUGGGGUGCUGAUGCAGUGCGGCAGUCUGUCAGCCGACUGACUGCAGACCCUACCGCAGCGAACAAGAAUGCGCCUCUUCUCGGUGUCGUAUGCGGAGUCUGUGCGCGACUAGCAGACAAAAAGUCAAUUCUUGAAGAGUCGAAGAAAGACAUUGUGGCUUUCUACAUUAAGGAGGUUGUGAGCUCAAAAUCUGCUGUGCCCGCACAUGUCGCCAAUGGCAUGUCCGACUUCUUUACUUCCUUCGUGACAUACGAAGAUGUCGCCACUGAAUUGGUACCUCCUAUGGAAAAGUCCAUAUUACGAGCACCAGAGGUGGUUCUCGGCGGCGUGAUUCCUCCUCUCUGUGCCUCUUUGCCGGAAGAAAUUGAUCUCUCGGAAUUGGUGCAAACACGCCUUUCCAAGAAUCUUUUAACUAGCAUGAAGUCAAACAACCCAUCAAUCCGCCAAGGUGCAUCUGACUCUUUUGCAUCCUUGCUCUCUCGAUGCAGAACCGAUUCCUUGGUCUUGAAGAUCACGAGUGAAAUCGUUGGUCCUCUGAAAACCCAGAAGAUCACUACUCCUGAGCAUCGCCUGGCUUACGCCCAGGCCAUUGGGGCUAUUUCACCUUCGGCGGAUGUCUCGAAAGAGAUUGUUCAAGGGUUCUGCCCUGUCUUUUCACGGGAGUCGAACGAAGCUGCUCUGGAAGAGGAGAUCAAAUCCUUCAGCAAACACCUUACAUACCUUGUUCAAUCCAAGCUCAAGGUUAGCGAUGAUGUUAUCAGCACUAUCGUCAAGGGUGUAUCCGACAAGCGAAUUCCAUUCCGAAAGAUCUGGCAAGCAAAUGUAGGAGAAGUCCUAUGGAAGUCUGAUCUUGAGGAUUUGAAGGAUCCUGGAAUUGAACCACUUGUUACCAAAUUCCUCGCUAAAAUGAAGGAUUUGUUUGGCGAGGUUGCCUCCAACCCGCUUCCUUCGGCGCAAAGUGGUGCUCUAUCUUCGGCUUACCUCUUCCUGGCUCUGUUCCACCGGGUUUCCGAUGUUCAAGGAUCAGCCCGGUCCGCUUGGGAGGAGAACGUAACCCAAUCGAUGACAUUGAGCCCCAAGCCUUCUUUCCUCCUCAACGCCAGGGCUUACUCAAAGUUGAGUUCCAAGGAAGACGUCCAGUGGCUUGUCAGGGCUCUGGCUGCUGUGGCCUCCGGACCCAAUUUUGCCAGCUCGGAAGACGCAUCCAAGACGGCUUGGGCUCAGACAUUUAUCUACGCAAUUACCGCGCCUGCUAUUCCCUCAAAUAUUCGCGAGAACUCCGCAGAGACUUUAUCCCGAGUCUAUCAGACGGAUGUGGCCUCUUUUGGGCGCAUCGUCCUCAAUGCACUGUGGGCCUGGAUCCUUUCAUUCCGGACUGCGGAUAAGGAGUCAGCAGCCGUUUCUGCUGGACCAGAGAGCGAACGCCUGCUUCAUAUGGUCUUGAAAGCUCUCUGCCCAACUAAGGCUGUCAUAGAAACCUCCGGCAUUUCGUCUUCGGAUCUGGAGGUUCUUCUCAUUGAAAUGUUGAUUCUGGGUCGGCCUGAGAUGAUCCCGAACACCUCUUGGAUUGAGUUGUGCUUGAGGACCGGCACAGACCCUGGAGAUCUUGUGCGCGCACACGCUUCCAACUGUAUUGAGCAGUUGGUUCGCGUAAACACUGACCCUGUGCAAUCAGCGGUGCCGAAUGUUAACCUCGCUGUCUUUAGUGCUGGGGCUGAAUUGGCGUUUGUUGCCCCCGACGCAAUGAUCCCGCGUUUGGUCGAUCAGAUUAAAUACGAUUUGGACGGCACUCGCCUAUCCAAGUUCACCGCCACUGACGCCGCCAUUUCACGCACCCCCGAAGGAACCGCAUUCAUCGAUGUGCUCAGCAGCAAGUCGAAGCAGCCUGCCUUUGAUAAAAACACUAAGGACUAUGAUACCCUGAAGUGGGAAGAAGAGCUCCGUGCGCAAUUAGCCGAAAAGAAGGGCCAAAGCCAAAAGAAGCUGACGCCCGAGGAAAAUUCCAAGGUCAAGGCCCAGCUUGCCAAGGAGGCCAAGAUCCGUCAAGAUGUUUUGGAAGAAGUUAAGCGGAUCGAACGAGGAGCGGGCCUUAUUCGCGGCCUCGCAACUGGUCCCGCCAAUGACGUAGAAGGGUGGAUCAAUGCUGCCGUCAGUUCUUUGCUAUCGCUUGCUCAGGCUGGUGCUGGUCUAUUUGUAGGUGAUGUUGUCUCCCGGGCGUUCAUCACUUGCGCCGACGAGGUGUCAACCCGCCUCGGCCCUCUGCGUCCAUUCGUCGGUAUUGCAACACUGCGAGCUAUCGGCAACACUAACCUCCCCUCCGAUAUGGAAUUGGAGCCCCUCGGAGAGCUCGUGACAAGAAUUCUCUACCGAUUGCGCUUCGCUUCUGAGCAGCGUCCCUUUGAUGCCACAUCUCUCGCCUACGUCCUUCCACUUGUCUCUCUGGUUUUGACCAAGAACGGGAUCGAAGAAGCGAAGGGAGAAGAAGAAGGCACUCAGGUUCUCCUUGCUCUUGAGUUCCUGUCGUUCCACUCUAGUUCUUUCACCGACACCCGUCUUCCUCGCGUCGAGGUUCUGAGUCAGCUUCUAUCCGCCAUGCAGAAAUACACCCAGCACUAUAAGCUGGUCAAGGAUACCUUAUUCGACUUCUGCCGAUGCAUCUCGCCGAGCAUCAACAGCGAAGAGCUGGAUACACUUCUGCAGGGUACCGUAGUCGCCGAUGCCUCUGUCCGAACAACCGUGCUUCAGGUCAUUGAGGCUGAGAUCGAUUUGACUGACCUCGAUUUCUCGGAGCACAUCUGGCUUGGCUGCCAUGACAUAGUGGAGGAGAAUGCUGAGAUUGCAGACACGAUCUGGGAAGACAAUGCGCUGGAGGUGGAUGACACCUCGUUUAGCAAGAUCAUGAAAUACUUGGACUCCAAGGACUACCAGCUCAGAGGUGCUGCCGCUCGUGCUUUGGCGCAUGCUAUUGAGUUUGAUAAGAGCAAGUUUGCAGGCAUUCUGUCGGAACUGCAAUCCAAAUAUGUGGAAGAAAUCAAACCUAAGGCACCCGAAAAGGACGCCUACGGAAUGCCCAAGAAAGUAGACAAUGCAGACCACUGGGAGGCUCGCAGUGGUAUCGCGCUGGCUUUCAACGCCAUGACGAACGGAUUCGAUGGUGACGAGAGUGUCUCCUUUUUGCGGUUCCUGAUUGAGAAGGGUCCCUUGCUCGAUGGAAACUCCCGGGUCCGUGGCCAGAUGACAGAGAGUGGUAAAUCCGUUAUCAUUUUGCGAGGAGAGUCAAAGGUUGAGGAGAUGAUGAAUUUGCUCCAGACAACCUUGGAGACCUCGGAUAAAGACACAAAAACCUCUGACCUGCUGAACGAGGCUGUCAUCGUGUUAUAUGGAUCUGUGGCCACACAUCUCAAGGCGGAUGAUCCUCGCUUGCAAACUGUUAUCAGUGAACUGCUCGUGGCCCUCGAUACCCCUUCGGAGUCUGUGCAGCACGCUGUGUCCGAGUGUCUGCCACCGCUGAUCAGAUCGUCUGGUUCAAAGACUGCAGAGUAUGUGGAAAACCUACUUCACCGGCUUUUCAAUGCCCCUGACUAUCCUCGCCAACGCGGUGCUGCUUACGGUCUUGCUGCCGUCGUGUGUGGCAGGGGUGUCGCGACCCUGCGGGAGUACCGAAUCAUGAGCCAGCUCAAGGAGGCCGCCGAGAACAAAAAAGAAAAGGAUCACCGCCGGGGCGCUUUGUUAGCUUAUGAGCUUUUCGCCCUAGUUCUGGGGCGAACCUUUGAGCCCUAUGUCAUCCAUCUCGUACCCCAGCUUCUGGCAGGAUUUGGUGACACCAGCAUCAGCGUCCGCGAGACUUGCCUGGAGGCUUCAAGGGCUUGCUUCCAGAAUCUCAGCUCUUACGGUGUCAAAGAGAUUCUCCCAACCCUGCUCGACGGCUUGGAUGAUACGCAAUGGCGUAGUCAAAAGGGUGCUUGCGAUCUGCUUGGAGCCAUGGCCUACCUGGACCCGCAGCAGCUUGCAGCCAGUUUGCCUGACAUCAUUCCACCUUUGACGGUUGUGCUCAAUGAUACCCACAAGGAAGUCCGUAGCGCAGCAAACCGCAGUCUUCAGCGCUUCGGCGAGGUUAUCAGCAACCCCGAAGUGAAGAGCUUGGUUGGCGUGCUUCUGAAGGCCUUGAGUGAUCCAACGAAGCAUACAGAUGAGGCGCUGGAUUCCUUGAUCAAGGUUUCUUUUGCGCACUACCUCGAUGCCCCCUCCCUGGCCCUUGUUGUGCGCAUUCUCGAGCGUGGUCUUGGUGAUCGGUCUAACACCAAGCGGAAGUCGGCACAGAUCAUUGGCAGCUUGGCCCAUCUCACAGAGCGCAAGGAUCUUAUUUCGCACUUGCCUAUUAUUGUGGCUGGCCUCAACUUGGCCAUUGUUGAUCCAGUCCCCACAACCCGUGCAACCGCCUCCAAGGCCCUUGGUUCACUCAUCGAGAAACUCGGAGAGGACGCUCUGCCAGACCUCAUUCCCAACCUUAUGGCUACUCUCAAGUCCGAUACGGGUGCUGGUGACAGACUUGGAUCUGCUCAAGCUCUUUCGGAGGUCCUUGCAGGCCUUGGUACGACCAGACUCGAGGAGACACUGCCAACCAUUCUCCAUAACGUUUCCAGUGCCAAGCCUUCUGUGCGUGAAGGCUUCAUGACCCUCUUCAUCUUCUUGCCUGCUUGCUUCGGUAACAGCUUCGCCAACUACCUCAGCAAGAUCAUCCCCCCCAUCCUUGCUGGUCUGGCUGAUGAUAUUGAGGCUAUUCGCGAGACCGCUCUCCGGGCCGGUCGUCUGCUUGUCAAGAACUUCGCCCACAAGGCCAUUGAUCUCUUGCUUCCCGAGCUGGAGCGUGGUCUUGCGGACGAUAGCUACCGCAUCCGUUUGAGUUCCGUCGAGCUUGUCGGCGAUCUCCUCUUCAGUCUUACUGGUAUCUCCGGCAAGCAGGAGGGAGAUGAAGAGGAGGAGGAAGCCACUCAGGCUGGCCAAUCCUUGUUGGAGGUUCUCGGAGCCGAGCGCAGGGACAAGGUUCUAUCGGCUCUGUACAUCUGUCGCUGCGAUACCUCAGGCCAGGUCAAAAGUGCAGCCUUGGGUGUCUGGAAGGCGCUUGUCGCCUCCCCGAGAACGCUCAAGGACAUGGUUCCCACGCUGUCUCAGCUCAUUAUUCGCCGCCUCGGAUCCAGCAACAUGGAGCAGAAGGUCAUUGCCAGCAACGCCCUGGGAGACCUUAUCAAGAAGGCUGGAGAGUAUCUGUAUUGCUCUCCGCGAGCUUAUCAAUGCCGCUUCCCCGAUGCGCUGGAGGACUAUGAGGAUAUUCUCAUUUCCACCGUGCGCGUUGCUCUGGUCGACAACGACGAUGAUGUGCGGGAAGCUGCUGCUGAGGCCUUCGAUUCACUGCAGCAGAUCAUGGGCAAGCGAGUCGUGGACCAGGUCCUGCCUUACCUUCUUCACUUGUUGAGAAACGACGAGGAUGCCGAGCAAGCGUUGUCGGCUCUGUUGACGCUUCUCACAGAGCAGACUCGUGCCAAUAUUAUCCUUCCCAACCUCAUUCCCACGUUGCUCACGCCGCCAAUUACUGCUUUCAAUGCCCGAGCCCUGGCAUCUCUUGCCGAAGUUGCUGGCUCUGCCAUGACACGGAGACUGCCAACUAUCCUCAACUCCCUUAUGGACGGCAUCAUCGAGACUACCGACGAGGAGCUUCGAACAGAGCUCAGCACUGCCUUCGACACCGUGCUGGUGUCUGUGGACGAGUACGAUGGCCUGAGCGCCGCCAUGAAUGUGAUGAUCACUCUUGUCAAGCACGACGAUCAUCAUCGUCGCGCUGCUGCGGCGCUCCAUUUGACCAAGUUCUUCGCGGAAGCCGAGCUCGACUUCUCGAGGUACUACCAAGACUUGAUCCGCGCAUUGCUGAUUUCGUUCGACGACCCUGACAAGGAUGUCGUCAAGUCGGCAUGGACUGCCCUCACUGGUCUCAUGUCUCACAUGCGCAAAGAAGAGAUGGAGAGCUUGGCUAUUCCCACCCGCCAGAUUCUGCGACAGGUGGGUGUGGCUGGCGCGGACCUGCCCGGCUUCAGUCUGCCCAAGGGCAUUAUGGCUAUCCUACCGAUCUUCUUGCAAGGUCUUCUCAACGGUACCACCGAUCAGCGUACCCAGUCGGCUCUUGCAAUGUCGGAUAUCAUUGACCGGACUCGUGCCGAGUCAUUGAAGCCUUUCGUGACUCAGAUCACCGGUCCGCUCAUUCGUGUUGUGUCAGAACGUUCGGUCGAUAUCAAGUGCGCUAUCUUCUAUACUCUUAACAAGCUGCUGGAGAAGAUCCCGUUGGCUGUCAAGCCGUUCUUGCCUCAGCUCCAGCGUACAUUCGCCCGUGGUCUGGCCGACACCACGAGCGAGACUCUGCGCAACCGGGCUGCCAAGGGUCUUGGUAUCUUGAUUACGCUGACCCCCAGAGUUGAUCCUCUCAUUGCUGAACUUAUUGCUGGAUCGAAGACCACCGACAUUGGCGUGAAGGACGCCAUGAUGAAGGCUCUCCAGGAGGUCGUUGGUAAGGCUGGUGCUAACAUGAGCGAGGCAUCCCGGCAAGCGAUCCUUGGUCUGAUUGAUGAUGACGCUAGCGACCAGACCGAUUCCAUUGCCAUUACCAACGCUCGCCUGCUCGGUGCUCUCGUGAAGGUCCUCCUGCCGCAGGCUCGGUUCCUCUUAUCAACGGUUCUCGGGCUCAAUGCACUUUUGGCUGAAUGCCCUGAGGUCUUGACGGAACACUUCUCUGUGGAGCUGCCCACCGUCAUCUGCCAAGGUCUUGCAAACCAGGAUCCCUUCGUCUCCGACAACAGCGCUCUUGCUGCAGGCAAAUACCUCUUGUCCAAUGAUGGCGACCAUGCUUUCGAGUCAAGCAAGGUCAUCUUCGAAGCCUUGGCAUCUGCCAUCCAGGUCGGCAACCCGGUCGACACCCGGCGGUUGAGCUUGGUGGUCAUCCGGACUGUCAGCCGUCUUCACCCUGAGCUGGCCCGUCCUCAUCUGGCUCUGCUCGCACCUCCCAUCUUCGCUGGUGUCCGUGAUCUGGUGAUUCCCGUCAAGCUGGCCGCGGAGGCAGCAUUCUUGUCCAUCUUCUCGGUGGUCGAGUCUGACAGUGAGGUGUUUGACAAGUACAUGGCCGGUCCGGGUGCAUCUCUCCCACCAGGCCCUAAGCGCAGCAUGUCUGACUACUUCAAGCGCAUUGCUGUUCGUUUGGCUAACCAGGCACGUGAGCGUCGGGAGGCUGAAGGUGGUGAAGGUGGCUUGGGACUGUCGAAUGAUGAGCUAGAUGAUGAGAAGGAAUUGUGGAGCAUUGGCAAGGUUGAUCUUGGAGAGGCCUUCGGCGAUGAGUGA